AAUACUAACCUUAGGUACACGAGGUCACUAUUAACGCACCAAUUGAAUUUUUUUAUCUACUUUCAGUUGUUGGCUGGCCAACGAUUUGUGGACGUUACGCUAGCGUGCGAAGGUCACCAGGUGCACUGCCACCGGCUGGUGUUGGCGGCAUGUUCCACCUUUUUCGAGAACCUGCUGGGUGAGAACCCGUGCAAGCACCCCAUUAUUAUCCUGCCGCGCGAGAUCAAGCUGUGGGCAAUCCAGGCGCUGGUAGAUUUUAUGUACAAAGGAGAGGUGAAUGUAUCUCAGAACGGACUGCCAGAUCUGAUGAAGUGUGCCGAAAUUCUGAAAAUCCGCGGCCUGUGCGGCUCGGAUGCGGCCCUCAAUCUCAACCAAGUUACCAGCCCAGGCGGAGGUAGCACCAGCAGCAGCAGCAACAGCGGAAGCAGUAACGCUGGAAACUCGUCUGCACAGCAGCGUGAAUCGUCAAACCAAAGUGGCCAAAGGGGAACUAGUCCUCAAAGGAUGGAACAGGGCAAGGGACAGCAAAACAGUGCUCUCAGCGGAACAACAACCAAAACUGGGGGGAUUUUUUUAGAAACCUUAAACACAAACCCAGUAGCGUCAUCGACGCCGACAAAGCAGGUACCUAGUCAGCAGCAACUGCAACAGCAACAAAACUUACACCAGAGUGGCGACGAUGGCGACAAUAGUGAUAACGGGGGAAGUGGAAGCGAGAUGUGCAUCAAAACUGAGGAUUUGAUUAUAGAUGAAGACGUUGGAAAGGGCGGUGAUGACGAGGAAGAGUUGGAAAUGGACGGAAACGACAAAUUGCAAGCGGAUGACGACGAUGAAGACAUAGAAGAGUACAUCGAAAAUGUAGAUCAGUUUGGGGAGGAGCCUCAGAACAGUAACGGUGACAGUACCAAUAACGAGUUCACAAUCACCAUCACUGACGAAAACAGUACUGGCUCCCAAAAGGCUACCUCUGAAGCACGGCCUCCCAAAGCAAAACCAAUGUCCACCUCGCCUCCGCAGUCAUCAUCGUCGUCGCUACUUUCGUUACUGACACGUGGCUCGAUUCGGGUCAAGUCGAAUGAAAAUCUGUUUGAAAACUACAAGCAUCAGCAAGAUCACAAAGAAGAGAACAAGUCCGCGUCACAGAAACACGUGUAUUCGCAAUACGGUGACGACGGUGGUGGUGGAACUGGUCUUCCUUCUUCUCUAGUGUACAACCGGAAUACGAUGGAUAUCUACGUGAAGCCAAAGAAAGGCGGUACCAGUACGGCCAGCAAUCCGGACGUGUCCCUGGAGGAUCCAGGCAGCGACACAUCCGCCGAUGGAUACGAGAAUAUCAUUUGUUCACCAAACUUUCCUCAGCUUAGUCGCAGCUCGAUGAUGAGCUUCCAGGACGACGAUUACGACGAUGACUUUGACAUACAGAUUCUGCCCGACGACAGUUCGAUGACCAACGGGGACAGCGACACCGGCGGAGACGACGAUCUGGUCUAUCCGCCUCCGUUGCUGCCCUUCGGAAACUCGGAAACCAGCAUUACCCGUGUGCCAUCCGGAAAGUCUAACCGAUCUUACGGUGGACCAGGACUGUCAACGUCUCGAAAGUCUGGCGGACGCGGAGGCAAGUCCGGAACCCGUCAGCCCCGGGAGAUCAAGCCAGCGGUAGCGAACGGAGUCGCAAUCGCUCCGUCGGCGUUUAUACUGAGGAAUCCGCGAGGGAACCAACCACGGUCCUACAAUACGGAUGCCCUCUGGAAAGCACUGAUGGAUGUGAAGGCGGGAGAAAGUAUUUACAGAGCAUCGCAAAUCCACAAAGUUCCUCGCAAAACGCUUCGCAACUGGAUGAAGCGAUGGGACAUCAAAUCCGCCUACCCCAUGCCACGGCAGCUAAAGGAAGCCGCGGAGAAAAAGCGAAUCAUCAAAGAACUGACCGAGCAAGCCCAGCAGCUGAGCGACGAACUGACGACGCAUUAGGAGCUGGUCUCUAGGCUGCAAAUGUCUAGGAACGAGAAGCGGGGCAAAAUUACAAAAAGUACGAGAAUGCAGGAAGUGAAGGAUAUAGAAACCGAAACCAUUAUAUAUAUACGUUUUUACAAUAAAAACAAGAAUGAAAUGAUAGUCAGUUGGAAACAGAUGGCAAAGAGAUAGAGACAAAUUUAUGAAUAUAUAUACAUAUAUUUUUUUUUCAGUUUUAUUGUAUAAGAUAAAUUUAUAAGGAAACCAAUGUGAAACUUCCCCAAGAAACGAAACAAAAACGGUUCAAAACAAAUUCUAGUUCAAUAGCGAUUACCAAGAUUGUCAUAUGUUUUAAAAAGUGUACCGUACAACAAAAACAAAACAAAAUCUCCUGUGUUUAAUUUUAUAAUUUUAAUAAUUUAUAAUAAGUUCACCUUCAACAAACAACUUUAUGUAGCGAGUGUAGGUUUUAAUUUUCUAAAUGCACUUUCUGGGUAACUGUAGAACCAUCUGUUGGUGUAAUUUCAUUUAGAGGAGUAAACCUACUUCUA